GACGUUUGUAAACAUUUGAUGAAUUUCUAGUAUUUGGUGAGGAAUAAAUGAAUUUAUCCGUUUAAAUUCAGUUCUGUUUUACCUGAAGGAAGUAGAUUGUAGAUUUUUAGAUUGUGGAGUGUACCAUGGAAAGAAGGUACUCACAGUUACCUGAAAUGACAAGCACUCCAAGGCCUUGUCGCAACACCAUGAGCCUGGAAGCGGCUUUCAGGGAAGUUUCCCCCAUUUUUCCUAUCAGGAAACUUAAAUCAAUGAUUCCUAACAUUAAAUCAAAGUCCACUGAGCCUGGACUAAAGUUAUCUGAUGAGUAUGUUACAAAACAAGUGGACAAACUUUCUAAUAAUUGUCAAGCUCCAGUUGAAAAUGUCAACCAGUCUCUGUUAAAUGCUGGUGUACAGGAUCAACCAAAUGCUUCCAAAAAAUCCGUCACGUUUGUUGAAGCACCAGUGUUGAUGGCGUCUCCAACUCCAAUACUGCCUGCUCAAGCUGAUCAACUAACUGCUGCAGAAAAUAUGUUGAAGUUACGGCGCAAGUCCACUCUUAGUCUGAAAAGGAGGACUUCUGUGCUUCCUGACAUCCUAGAAAUGUCAUAUAAUGGAGAUAAUGAAAACAAAAGUGAUGAUAGACCUUCAAAUGCAAUGAUUUUGAAGAAUCCAGAAAAUUCUGUUGGCACUCCUGCAUGGCAGAUUCCAUCACAAUCAACUAAGACCUCCUUAAAAAGAAAGUUUAACAACUGUAAAAGUGAAAAAGAAAAUCCCUUGUCAUCAAACACCCAGAAAGAAUGUGCUGAAAACCUAUUUGAAGACAUGGAUGAUUUGAGUCCUCUAGAAUCAGCUUAUCCGAUGAAAAAGAGGAAAACAUGUGUUUUAAAAGAAAAGAAUCAAAAAGAUACUGAUCAGGUCAAAAAUUAUUCGGAAGAUAAAGAUUCGAUACCUGAACAGUCAGACAUUUCCAGAAAAAGCAAAAACAAACUACCCAAUGUAGCUGACAAUCGAACGUAUGUAAUGGUAAACCUAGAUACUGAAGAUGAUACACCAAAAACUAAAACAAUAAACCAUACUCCUAAAGAUAUAGAAAGUUCCCUACGGAAAACCAGAAAUUCUAAUAAAAAAGAUGAAAAGAAAACAAAACUUUUGCACUCUGAUGAUAAUGUAACCCCAAAUAAAGAUGUUGAAAUCAUAACAGAAGAAGACAUUCAGAUGACCUCUAAAUACAAAAAGAGAAAAUCUAAAGUUACUUUUGUCUCUACCAAAGCUAAAGACAUGAUUGAAGUACCAAAAGUAGAAGAUCCUAUUGAUUCUAAAACUGAAGAUAGCGUAAAGAAUAUAGUAAAAAAGAGUAAAAUUAAAACAAACAAAUCAAACAACGUGAAUUGUAUUGAGAUGUCAAGUAAGGAACUAAAAAAAUCAAAUUUGGUACAACCUAGUGUAGAAACUGUGCCAAAUGUUCCAAUCAGCAAAAUCUCCUCUGGAGAUAAUCAGGAUGUCAUUAGUCAUUCAGUAAAAAGAGGAAAAAAUAACACAAGCCAAUCUAACAUUGUAAAAUCUACCAAAAGCACCAAAGAGAAUGUUGACAGUAAAGUAAAUUUAAAGAAGAAGGUUGUAGCUGCAUCUUCAAGUAAACGAAAGGUAAAGACAAACAAUAAUAUCUCCUUGGCCAAUGAAGACAUCAUUCAGCGAGAUGAAAGCCAUCUGUUGGAAUUGGACACUAAAAAAUCUACUAAGACUGUAAGGGCACCCAAAAAGAAAGCAAAAAACAUGUGUGAUGAAGAAAAGUUAAAAUUAACAAAUGCUCCCGUGCUUUCUGAAGAAAGCCUUCAGACAAAUGUAAGAUCUUCUAGAUUACGGGAGAAGGAAAAGAUUAUCAAGGAGAGCUCUUUUGUAGUAAAUAAUAUGGUAGAAAACUCAGAAAAAGGAAUCAAACAGUCUGCAACAUCUGUGAGAAAAUCUAGAAAUUGCUCUAGAAUUAAAAGUUCUUCUGAAGCUCAAGUUAUGACUUCAAGUAAUUCUCAAACAGAUAAUGAACAAUGUCCUGUAACAAUAGAAAAUCCUGAUCUCAUCAAAAACAGUAGAAAAACAUUAAAUUUAAAAAGAAAUAAUAAAGUGGAUAAAUGUGGGGAGAAAGCAAAUUUCUCAAAUGAUUUUACUAAACACAAGGAAGAAAAAUGUACUACAAACCUUGAGACUGAUGAUAUGACAAGAAAAGUAGAAAAAGAAGUGGAUGAAAAAAUUAAUGGCGAUUGUAUGCACAAAAAAGAUAAACAAAGUGUAAGAAAGUCUUCUGCCAAAAAACGUGCAGUUAGUACUCGUCCAUCACAAGGACAUCCUGAGUACAAUACAGCAUCAACAGAACAACCAUUUAGAAAUAUAAAUCAGAAUGUGAGGGAGAAAAGUGAAAUAAUAAGUGCGGAAGAUGAAGUCAAUAUUGAUAAUCAAGUAAUAGGAAGGGUCUCGGCAAGAAAAUCUAAAUCUACAAAUAAAAUUUCCUUAGAUUACCCGAAUCCCAUUGUAUUAGGACGGAAACGAAAAUCUGAAAACAAUAAUACACAUUCAGAUGUACCUGAUAAACGCCAUAUGCCUCGAAUGAUAACAACACCAGUUGCAUAUUGGGAGAAUAGGAAUUUGUUAAACACCAUUGAAAAAAGACAAGAACUCAAUAAUAUCAAGAAAUCUAUGAAAAAAGACAGUGUUAGAAAUGGAGGCGAAGAUAAAGGAAGGUGUACAGAGUCUCCAGUUGUUGAAAGAAUUAGUCUGUUUGCUUCCAACAAGGAAUGUCACUUUGUGUCACCAGAAGAUCUUAAACACGUGUUCUAUGUACAACAGUGUUUCGGUCUCAAGUCAGUAAAAGUGUCAGAGCAUUCUCCUGGUGUGUUGUUGCGCGUGCAAGUUCAUAUCAACAACUACAUGAUGAGUGGGACAAUGUCCCUACUGAGCGGAGCAUCCAUGACCAAAGCUUCCACCAACACGACUUACACUGUAACUGAAGGAGCUGCACGUGUAAACCUCAGCAACAUAACCAAGACUGUACGGCAAGAAGAUGAAAUAAAUUCUUUCUUCAUUCCUAAGAACUCCAAGUUCUCAAUUUUGAAUGAAGAAAGUACAACCUUGGUUAUGGCAUUCACGAAGUUCAAAGGUUGAUAUAAUUAUAAGAAUCAGUGUAAAUAUACUUUGUUAUUAGUGCUGUAUUGUAUGAAAUACUUUUUAAAAAUUUUAUAUUUGUUGAUUUUGUUGUUUUAGUUAUAAAAUAAUGUGAAGUGCAGUUGUAUACUUACAAAGUGAUUUCAUUACACGUAAAGUAUUUUUGUACCUGUUAUAAUAAUACACAUAACUUUAUGAUCAAGUUUGAAAAUGUAGUAAUUUAAAACGUUAUUUAACAAGAUUGUUAUAGUUAUAAAAACCAGUUCUAGAAAAUGGUAUUUGUCCCCUUGAUUCACAGUUAAUUAAGAAUAGUUCAUGGAUACUGCUUUAUCUAAUUACUAUAUUUACCUGUAUAAUUAAUUUCCAUAGUAAUUAUAAGUUAUCAGACAGAUCCAUGCUUCCACUCUUGUGCUGAUGGAGUGUUUGUUGUGUUAUCAAGUUAUCAUUUGGUUUAUCUCAAUUGUUAUUGCAAAACAUUUUAUUAUUAUUAGUGUAACGAAUAAGACCUUUACAAAAAUAUUUCCAUAAUUUAUCAUCAGUUGCUUUUGAUUUUUUUAUAAAUAAAUGUACCUCAUUAUAAAAACUAAAAUUAAACUAUAUAGUGUAAUCAUAAGUAUGAGAUAUUCCAGUGUCAUUGUAAUAAUUUGAACUACAAAAUCAAAUUUUAUAACUUUUUUUUGCUUGUGAUAUGAAGUAUAAUGUGCAAUUUAUAAAUAAAAUUAGUAAUAAAUACAGUUUACUGAAA